GUAUUUAUCCUGAUGUUCCAAAAUAUACUCAGGCCAAUUCUAAUGGAUGUAAGUAUCCUAUACCUGAUGAGUACUUAGUUGAAACUGAAUUUGGAAAAAAGAAGCAUAUACUCAGAUGUUCUACUAAAUACCAUGACAAUAGGCCUGUAUAUUAUUUGAAUUGGAAUGAUAGUGAAAAUGAAAAUCACCAAGUAACAUCAGAAAAAUCAGCAACAGAUGCCACUCAAAAAUAUUUGAAGUUUUGUUAUUUGGGUAUUAUGAAUAAUAAAAAUGCUAUUUUCCUACCAGAUCAUCAUUAUAGCUUAGUACUAUAUUCUGGUGUUGAAAAAUAUGGAUAUUUGCAAAAAGCUUUACACCAACUUAUAGAAGAGCUUGAUGAUAUUGACAAGAAUGGAUUUAUUGAUUCAAUUGGGCAAAAAUGGAGAAUAACUAUAUACUUUAGCAGUUAUUGGAAAAUUUUAUCAAUUUGUGUAGGAAUAAACAAUGCAACUGCAAAUCAUUUUUGCCCAUGGUGUCUGUGUUCAAAAUUUGAACAUAGACAUAAGCUUCAACCCUUGUUCCCUAUGAUUCCAUUAACUCAUUGGAUUCCAGAUGAACUACAUUUGACACUUCGUAUUACUGACCAUCUUUGGGUUCUAAUGUUAUCUGAAACAAAUUACCAAAGUUCUGAAGAAACAAGGGAACAAAUAAAAAAAGAAAUGCUUAGAAUUGGUGUACAUUUCCAAUUUUGGCAAACCCAGAUUCAAAGAAUUGGAGUUAUACCAGUCUUAUGGCAAUUACAAGCACCACAAAUGCAACAAGCAUUUAGUGGUGUAGUUGAUAAUAAAACCACUUUAUGGAUGGGAGAAAUUGAACCUUGGAUGGACGAAAAUUUUUUAAGGCAAAUUUGGUACCAACUUGGUGAAAAUGUUAAUGUAAAAAUAAUUAGAGACAGAUUUACUGGUGCAAAUGCAGGUUAUUGUUUUGUAGAUUUUGUGAGCAAUGCUUCGGCAGUAAAAGCAUUGACCACAGUAAGCGGAGCAGCUAUCCCUGGUACUAAUCGAGUAUUCAAACUUAAUUGGGCAACAGGAGGCGGCUCAACAGAUAGAAAAGAUGAUCGUGGAGCAGAUUUUUCGGUAUUCGUUGAUCCAAUAAGUGGAAUAUCUAGAGGGUAUGGAUUUAUUCGUUUUGGUGAAGAAAGUGAUCAACAACGUGCUCUUGUAGAAAUGCAAGGAGCACUUUGUGGAAAUCGACCAAUACGAAUUUCCACGGCAACUCCUAAAAAUAAACUUUUAUUACAAGGUGGUCAUAUUCAACAAACAACUGCUCAAAAUCCAUCUUUUAAUAAAUAUGAUAAUGAUCCAAAUAACACUACAGUUUUUGUUGGAGGGAUUACUGGUGUUAAUGGUGAAGAAGAACUUAAAAGUUAUUUUCAAGGAUAUGGUGAAAUUAGAAAUGUAAAAAUUCCAAUUGGUAAAAGUUGCGGAUUUAUACAAUAUGUUAGUAGAGAAAGUGCUGAAACGGCUAUCAAUCAGAUGCAAAAUCAGAUUAUUGGUAAUUCAAGAGUACGAGUAUCAUGGGGUAGAACUCAAACAGAUAAAAAUACUGCAGUAAAUCGACCACAAUAUAAUACUUUUGGAGGUGUAUCGUCACCUUCAGCUUCAUACAAUAAUUCCUAUGUAUCAGCACUACCACCACCACAAACAACAUUUCCUUCUCAAAUUCAGGUGAACUCAAUGGACCCCCUGGAUCCUAUUUCUGUUCAGUAUUUGAAUGAUCAUUAUAUUUCUAAUAAAGAAGCUUUAACUGAAAGAAUAGAUAUUAAUACAAAUAACUGUGGUAAGGAAAAGGUAAUGUUUGCCUUAACCGCAAUUAAGGGUGUUGGUCGUCGUUAUUCUAAUUUGGUUUGUAAAAAGGCUGAUGUCGAUCUAAAUAAAAGAGCUGGUGAAUUAUCCAAUGAAGAAUUGGAACGUAUUGUGACCAUUAUUCAAAAUCCUACACAAUACAAAAUCCCUGACUGGUUUCUCAAUAGACAAAAAGAUAUUGUUGAUGGAAAGAAUUCACAACUGUUGGCUAAUGGUCUUGAAAGUAAACUUCGUGAAGAUUUAGAAAGAUUAAAAAAGAUCCGUGCUCAUCGUGGUUUAAGACAUUAUUGGGGUUUACGUGUACGUGGUCAACAUACAAAGACUACAGGUAGACGCGGUAGAACUGUUGGUGUAUCUAAAAAGAAAGGUUAG